UUGUUCAUAAAACACAGACUGCACAGACAUGGAGAGCCUUUAUUUACUGUACUGAUCAACUGACUCACUUACUCGUCGUUUUCCUUUUUAAAUUGACGAGUUAUGGAAACACUGUUCUUUCAAAGCCAUCAUGGAACCAACCCGUUUAAGGAUGAACCUCUACCUCCAGCUCAUUAUCAUCCAAGUCUCCAGAAACAACUUUCAGGGAAUGAGAAACAGACAAAACUGAGCCCAACUAGACCGCUGAAGAAUGUCGCCAUCUCUUCAUCCUCUUCCCAAGCCAGACCAGUUGAAAAGUCAAGCCCAGCAGAAAGAGAAUUCCUCCGAAAAAGGAACACAAUGUUGGCCAAAGAAUUACCCACUCACGACACGCCAAGUCCUGGCAACGCAUCAUCUAAGUUUGACGAAUCUUGGCCGACAAGCGAGCGACCAUCAACGAUUGAUAGUCCGGGUGAUUAUCAGGCGCCUGAUUCGUCAAUCCCAGCACAGAGCAGUGAAAUACACAAAGUUCCAGGAACCAGCAGAAAUACCCAGUCUUCCUUGUCGUCAACUGGAACUGACUACCUAGCUCAGUGGAGAAAUAGAUCCAAACCAGGGGCUGAAGUGCAGCAAUCAAAGCCUAUACCAGCUGAGGGGUCUACAUUGGCCAAGUACAUCCAGAGGUUUCGCUACAGUGAACCGAAAAGCCGUCAAGAACGCCAGCAGGACAAACGAGCGACUGCCGCCGGCAAAGACUUCUGGUGGCUUUCUCCUCCCUCACGGACAUCUACGCCUUCGGACAUCGGAGAUUUCACAAGUGCCUCAUCGAGGGAUGCAACACAAGACAGAGCACCUCAUCGGAGGGUAGAGGGACCAGGGAGGCGUGAGGGUUACAGAGGGAGGGUAACAUCAUCCUCAUCGGGGUCUAUUACUGAGGGAGAGGGGCCAGGGAGGCAAGAGAGGUACCUCAGGAGGGUAGCCUCAACCUCAUCAGCAUCGCCUCCUGAGGGGAUACUAGAUACAGAGACUGAGGAGCUACAGUCAAGAGCAGAGAAGCUCCUUGAAAGAAGUGAGUCGACUAUUUUAAGCGAGCCAGCUGUAAGUUCCGAAGGUCUAGGGUUCUCUCCUGGUUCUUCAGACUACCAGGAACCAAAAUAUGUCCCCCGAGAGGUACCCAGACCCAGUCCUCAGGUACACAUGGGUACUGGGUACCAGAUAGCACCCAGAAAGGCGUUACGCCCAGAGGAGGAUAUUCUUCACCAGUGGCGUGUUCGUCGGAGACUGGAGGAGGCUCGUAGACAGACAUUGAGACCUGGACUGCAGAGGGACGCCUUGCAACCUGAGAAACCACACUUUGAAGGAACCAGACUGGAAGAAUUUAGAAAUCGCCUCAAACAGCAAGAGCAUAUUAGUCAAAUAAAGUCUGGUACCCGCCAAACAAACCCUUCCAAACCAAUGACACAGACACUGGGGACUGAUCCAAUGCCUCAAACUAUAGCAACUCAGACCAAUGGCACACUGCCCUCUACUGUUGAGAAUAGUCCAGUCAGAGAUGGAGACAUUUUUAAAGGUCCUGGAAAAUGUUCUCAGAUGUUAGAGGGCAGUGUUCAGAGGGAACCAGUGAGGCCACAUGCCCACAACCUGCAUAGAAAGACAGGCAGAGAUGUUGAUCACCAGUUAAAUUACGAAUAUGCAAAUGAAGCUGAGAUGGGCAAGCCAAUCAUAGCAAGCCCCAGCAUCAAACAGACCAAUCAGACCGUCCCUCCUCAUCUGCAUAUGGCAUGUGACAUCAUACCCUGCCGGCAAGAUCCUUUACUGGACAAGCAUCAGCAUGGUGACAUCAAACAAAGCAAAGACUCCACUAGUAAUAAAUGGAUGAAGUUAAGAUAUGAUGAAAGGGAUUCAUCAAGAGCAACCAAAGAUGUGAGCACUUUCGAUCCCACGACAUUAAAAGCAGACUCUAGAUCCAUAGAUGAUGAUUCGAUCCAUGUCAAGAUACCACGCCCGGCAAUGCAUCCUUUUCCAUCACAGACAUCAUCUGGACAUGCUACAACAGCAACCCAAGAGGAGACCCCUUUCCCCUCGAUGACAUCAAGAGCAAAUUCAAGAAUCAUAGAUGACGAUCCCAUCCAUCUCAAGAUGCCAAGGCCAAACCCGGCAACGCAUCUUCAACCCUCUCAAACAUCAUCUAGAUAUGCUACCACUAAGAAUAUCAUCAUGGGGGAACCCCAAGAUGCGACCUCUUCCCAACCGACAACCUCAAGAGCAUACAUUAGACCCACAGAUCUUGAUCCCAUCCAUCUUAAGAUGAAGAUGCCACGCCCGGCAAAGCAUUUUGUUUCCUCUCAAGUAUCAUCUAGACAUACGAUAGCUGAAGGAGAAAGCUCUCUGGAGAGAACUCGGCAGAGACUGGAGUUCGAGGAGGAGGAGGAGACGGUACAAGAUGGAGAAGGCGAUGAGACCAUGCAGUCAGGCGAUGACACUCUGAGGGUUACGGCAGAUGAGGACAGUGAAGCCAGCAUGAAGACAACACCCUCAGGGAGUAAUGCAGAUGAAUCUCAUGGUCCGACAACAUCCCUUCUUGGUGCGGCGGUCGGUCAGGUGAUUUCAGAUCGGCUUUUUACGACGCCAAAGAAUGUUGCUGCUUCACCUGAGUGGAGUACGGAUACCCUUCCCAGUAUGCACUCCUCCCUCCAGUCACAUGACUCCAGGGUCGUUGCAGCAGACCAAGGUCGUUUUGGGGGUGAAGAGGUCAAGGAUGGGUCAUCCACGUCUUCGGACGGUGAGGAGUUUGCAGAAGAUGAGUUGUUACAGCUGCUGCGGCGACGUCGAGCGCAGCACGAGAACCAACUACAAGAAUUAGACCAUCUUAUCCUUGCACGGACUAGUGUCACAUGACAGGGAGUCUACUUAGGGGCGUGGACAGUGUAGAAUAAAAAGAAGGGGGGCUGAAUUUGAAGAGGUUCCUGUUGAUGGGAGUGCCAAAGACCGUGCAAUGAGAGCCAACAUUAAUAGGGGCCACGGGGGCCGUAGUGCAGGGGCCCAACCAGAUUUGCAAGUACUGUAGCCCUAUUUUGGGGGUCUCCCUAUUUUGUCAAUAUCUUUGUUCGAGGUGCUAUUAAUUUAUUUCAUUACAUAUCCAACAACCUUGGAUAGGGAUUAAGAAACAAGAAGAAAAGUGAAGUUUUAGAUGUGGGAGGAAAACCCUAUGAGCUAAACCCAGGCAAUCGGGGGUCAAAUUUAUAGAGCUGCUUCAGAAAAAAAAAAAAUUGCUGAACAAUUUUCUGAGAAAAAUUAGCAGGAUACCAGUCACAAGUGGUACACAUGACAUAGUAGUUUGGCUGUUUACCUUAUUCUAGUAAGCAUAAUUGUGUUGUGCUUAGCUAUAUUUUGUACUUAAAGAC